UACUAGUCACAAAGAGAGAUAGGAGAGAUAUUUUCGGGAUGAAAAAAACAAACUAAAUUAUGAUUCCUUCUAGUCACAAAGAGAGAUAGGAGAGAUAUUUUCCUGGAAUAUUAAAUGACUUCUAUAAAUAUAAGCAGUGAGAAGUGGUAGAGUAAAGAACCAAACUAUAGAAAUCUAAAGAAGAAGAAGAGAAGAAAUUCUAGUGAUUCUGUGGAAAGUGAUAAAGAUCAAAGAAGAAGAAGAUGGCAGGAACCAAUGGUUCACAGCAGUUCAUAACAAGUAAUAAUAAUAAUAAUAAUAAUGGUGGUAAUAGAAAUUCAAGUAAUGCACCAUUGAUUGAAGAAGAUUGUAAUCAAAUCAUUGUCCCUGAAACUACAAGCUGGAAAAAUUUAUUUGCUUAUAUGGGUCCAGGUUUCCUUGUUUCCAUAGCGUAUAUUGAUCCUGGAAAUUUUGAAACGGAUCUGCAGGCAGGGGCACAAUAUAAGUACGAGUUACUCUGGAUAAUUCUAGUUGCUUCUUGUGCUGCCCUUGUAAUUCAAUCUCUUGCAGCCAACCUAGGGGUUGUUACAGGAAAGCAUUUAGCAGAGCAUUGUAGAGCUGAAUACCCAAGGAUUCCAAAUUUCAUUUUAUGGAUACUUGCUGAAAUUUCGAUAGUUGCAUGCGAUAUUCCUGAAGUAAUUGGAACAGCCUUUGCGUUAAACAUGUUAUUCAGUAUUCCAGUAUGGUGUGGCGUUCUUCUUACAGGGCUUAGUACUUUGGUUCUUCUAGCACUACAGCAAUAUGGGGUGAGGAAGUUGGAGUUUUUGAUUGCAUUUCUGGUAUUUACAAUAGCUGCUUGUUUUUUCGUGGAACUUGGCUAUGCUAAGCCUGAUGCUUCUGAAGUCUUGAAAGGACUAUUUGUUCCCACGCUAAAAGGGAAUGGUGCUACUGGCCUUGCAAUAUCACUCCUUGGUGCCAUGGUUAUGCCGCAUAAUCUCUUCCUCCACUCAGCUUUGGUGCUUUCGAGGAAAGUGCCACGUUCUAUUCAGGGCAUCAAACAUCUUUUAUGUCUACAAGAAGUACAAGAGCUGGAGGGCGGCGGGCACACUUAUGAUUCUCAGCCUUCCGAGGGUUGGAACUCCAUCAACGGCAUUAACACUAUAGACUAUUUUUCUUCAAUUCCGUGCAAAAAGGGUCAUACAGUGGAGUUCAGAUUUGAACGAAAACUGUCUGCUUGCUUAUUAAAAGUGUUUUGGACUGACAACACUUUCUUCAAACUGAGAAAAGAUGCUUGCACUUUCUAUACUAUAGAAAGUGGUUUUGCUUUGAUGGUAGCGUUCUUAAUCAAUGUGUCAGUCAUUUCCGUCAGUGGGGCAGUCUGCAAUUCUUCAAAUUUGAAUAUAGAGGAUCAGACGAGCUGUAAGGACCUGGAUUUGAAUAAAGCCUCCUUCUUGUUGAGAAAUGUUUUAGGUAGUUGGAGUUCAAAGAUUUUUGCAAUUGCUUUGUUAGCAUCUGGUCAGAGCUCUACAAUAACUGGAACCUAUGCAGGACAGUAUGUCAUGCAGGGCUUUCUCGACUUACGGUUGAGGCCAUGGAUACGAAACUUCUUAACACGAUGCUUAGCCAUAGUUCCCAGUCUUAUUGUAGCACUAAUUGGCGGAUCUGCAGGUGCUGGAAAACUAAUCAUUAUUGCAUCCAUGAUCCUAUCAUUUGAGCUCCCUUUUGCUCUUAUCCCACUGCUCAAGUUUACCAGCUGCAAGAACAAAAUGGGGUCACAUGCCAACUCUGUUAUUAUUUCAGUAAUUACCUGGAUCAUAGGGUCUUUGAUCAUGGCCAUAAAUGUCUACUUCAUUGCAACGAGCUUCUUUGAAUUCCUUUUCCACGGAAAGCUAAAAGUCGUAGCCAGGGUGUUUUUAGGGAUACUAGGGAUUUCGGGUAUGCUAAUUUAUUUAGCAGGAAUCCUUUACUUAGUUGUCCGGAAAAAUGAGCAAAAAACAACACACCUUCUAUCGUUUGAAGAACCUGAAAACGGAUUGAGAGGAAGUAAUCCAGAUAACGUUGGACCGCUUUAUAAUCUCCCUCGAGAGGAUAUAGUGAACAUGCAGUUGCCUCAAAGGGUAGUGGAUAAUCAAGACUGAUUGACUUUAAUUUAAUUUGUUAGCUUGUGUAGAUCAAAUUUUGAAAAUAGCUUCUUGAAUUUUCAAAUUGUUAAGAAAGCUAUACUAAUAAUGAUAAUCUUUUUCUUUUGACUAAAAA